AUGAAAAUUAAUUCUGAAUUAAUAUAAGGAUCACAUCACUUUAUUAAUCCAUUAAAUGAAAGAUAGCUUGAUCUACGAGCAAAGAAAAUUACAGCCAUUGAAAACUUAGGAGCUACAUUGGAUUUUUUUGAUCACAUUGAUUUAGGGGAUAAUGAUAUCAAAAAGCUAGGGAAUCUCACCUUAUUAAAGAGACUCAAGACUCUGAAUUUAUCCAACAAUAGAAUCACUAAAUUGACAGAUGUAUCUGAUUCAUUACCAAAUAUUGAAAAUUUAAUCUUGAUGAAUAACAGACUCACUGAUAUCAAUGAAUUAUAUCAAUUAAAGCAUUGUAAAAAGCUCAAGCGUUUAAUUUUGCAUGGGAAUCUUAUAACUCAAUAGCCUGAUUAUAGAUAUAAAGUUAUUGCAAUUUUACCUAAUUUAAAAAUACUUGAUUUCAAUAAAGUUACACACUAAGAAAGACAAAAGGCUGAGGAAUCUUUCAAGCCUGAUGAAUUGACUGAUUAUAUGAAUUUAAUUAAUUUGAAAGAUGCUACUUUAGACAAAGAACAUAUAAAAAAAUUAUUGGAGAAUGCUAAGACAUUUGAUUAAAUUAACUAAUUAGAGAUGUUGCUCAAGUAAUAAUAGGUUAAGAACUUAUCCAUUCUUAGUGAGUAAUGA